AUGCCGGCAUCAGGGGACGAAUAUGUUGCGGAAGGAUCUGAUGAUGAUCUACCCAGAGCCUCCGGCCGCGCUCAGGCUCGACGGGCUAAUCGCGAAGACGUGCAGAAUUUCGAGGUAACCCGAACAUGGGAUUUACUGACCGAAGGCGCCGAUGGCACCAUUACGGGUGCUGUGGAGGGCCUACUCGAGGCCAGUAAGAGGAAGAGACUUCUCAAGGACACGACUCCUUUGCAGCGAGGUAUCAUCCGCCACCUCAUCCUUAUCCUGGACAUGACCCUGGCUAUGAACGAGAAAGACCUGCGCCCUACACGUUACCUCCUCACUCUCUUGUAUACCGAGGCCUUCAUUCGCGAGUUCUUCGAACAGAAUCCCAUUUCUCAGCUUGGUAUCGUGGGAAUGCGUGAUGGAAUUGCUAUGCGUAUCAGUGACAUGUCUGGCAAUCCAAACGCACAUCUGGCUGCCAUACAGAAGAUCCGCAAGGAGGAACCAAAAGGCAGCCCAUCUUUGGAGAAUGCUCUGGAAAUGUCACGGGCAGCUCUUUUCCACGCACCUAGCCACGGCACCCGUGAGGUUGUGCUAAUAUUUGGUGCGCUUCAUACCUCCGAUCCGGGUGAUAUCCACCGUACAAUCGACAGUCUGGUCGCAGACAAGAUCAGAGCUACAGUUAUCGGCCUUGCUGCGCAGGUGGCUAUUUGUGCCGAGCUGGUCUCCAAGACGAACGACGGGAGCCGCUCAAAUUAUGGUGUUGUGCUACAUGAGCAGCACUUUCGCGAACUCAUUAUGGCUGUCACGACACCACCCGUCACAAGUCAGGCCACCAAGUCGGCCAACUCUUUGUUGAUGAUGGGCUUCCCAUCCCGGACGGUGGAGAACCAUCCUUCAUUUUGCGCAUGCCAUACAAGACCUUCCCGUGACGGCUACUUGUGCUCUCGAUGCAGCACAAAGGUAUGCAGUUUGCCGAGCGAGUGUCCUGUAUGUGGGUUGACUCUUAUUCUCUCAACCCAUCUGGCCCGGAGCUAUCAUCAUCUGUUUCCUCUGGUCAAUUGGCUCGAGGUGCCGUGGGCAAAGGCACACCGUAGCAAGGCAUGCUUUGCCUGUCUGAAAGACUUCCCGGCUGUGCCUCCGAGAGACCAAUGGAACUCGACUUCAACGUCUUCAACAAGCAGUAGAUACGAAUGUCCAAUUUGUCGGCACCAUUUCUGCAUUGACUGCGACCUCUUUGCGCAUGAAGUUGUGCACAACUGUCCUGGCUGUCAGAGUCUACGCAUGCAGACCAGCUUAAUGGGCGAGACAGAGACGCAAAUUGACAACACUGGUGGUGGAACCACACAGUCACAGAAUGGCGUCAACGUAGCGAACGGAGACAUGAUGCAUCUAGACUGA